CACAUAGUUCAUGUACUCUUCAGGUCAAUUUCUAUAACCAACAGGCAUCUAUAACUCCCAGCGAACUGGUCCCAAAAAUCAAAACCCCUCACCCCCCACACCCACGCCCGCCGGAUUCUACCAUAAACAAUUCAACUUACUGGUCUUAAGAGCUAGGAAAAUUCUUGAACACUUGGUGAAAUGAACUGCCCAAGAGACUGGCCCGAGCCAAUAAUCCGAGUCCAAUCCUUAUCAGACAGUGGCAUAACAGCCAUUCCUGAUAGAUAUGUCAAAGCGCCAUCGGCCAGGCCAUCGUUCGACUCGACCACCCAUAGUGAUGCCAACAUCCCUAUAAUAGACCUUGGAGGCUUAAAUGGUGGUGACAACCUAGAAUCCAUCACGUUAAACAAAGUACACGAUGCAUGUUUGGAGUGGGGAUUUUUCCAGGUGGUGAACCAUGGAGUGAGUCCCGACUUGAUGGAUCGAGCUAGGGAAGUUUGGCGUGAAUUUUUUCAUCAACCUAUGGAGGUUAAACAAGUUUAUGGAAACUCACCAAACACUUAUGAAGGCUAUGGAAGUCGAUUAGGAGUCGAUAAGGGUGCUAUUCUUGACUGGAGUGAUUAUUACUUCCUUCACUAUCUCCCCUACUCAUCGAGGGAUUAUAACAAGUGGCCUGCUCUUCCCACAUCCCUCAGGGAAGUGAUUGACGAAUAUUCAAAGCAAGUAGUGAGGCUAGGUGGGGUUUUAUUAAAAGCUUUGUCCAUUAAUCUCGGAUUGAAAGAAAAAUUUCUUCAAAAUGCAUUUGGUGGAGAUGAUAUUGGAGCUUGUUUGAGAGUUAAUUUCUACCCCAAAUGUCCCCAACCAGAUCUCACUCUUGGCCUCUCCCCACACUCGGAUCCUGGUGGAAUGACCUUUCUCCUGCCAGAUCGCAACGUAUCGGGACUCCAGGUUCGCAAAAAUGACGGGUGGAUUACAGUUAAGCCAGCCCCGCACGCUUUUAUUGUUAAUAUCGGUGAUCAGAUUCAGGUCAUGAGCAAUGCAAUUUACAAGAGUGUUGAACACCAAGUAAUUGUGAAUUCAAAUCAAGAGCGUCUCUCACUUGCCUAUUUCUACAAUCCCAAGAGUGAUUUAUUGAUUCAACCGGCUACAGAACUUGUGACAUUGGACCGACCCCCGUUGUACUCAGCCAUGACUUUUGAUGAAUACAGACUUUAUAUCAGGACGAAGGGACCUCGAGGCAAAUCUCAGUUAGGAGAAUCCUUAAAAUCUCCAAAUGAUUAAUGAUAGAGGCUCUUUUUUGUUGCAAAUAAACUUUUAUUAUAUAGUUAUUCUUCUUUUACUCGUUAAACUAACAAAAUCUUGUGCUAGGAUAAAAUCCAAGAUAUGGAAAAACGAAAACGAGUUCAAAUUGGACGGUCCACAUUCAUAUGAAAUGUUUCAUGCGUGAUGUAAUUGUUCACUUUUGGACCGUCAAUCAAGGAAAAUUAUGAAUGGAUGAUUGCAAGAAUUUUCUAUAAUGUGUGUGGUGGUGGCAGCGGCAUCGAUUCUAUUUGAUAAUAUUUUAGUAUUGGAAUAA